UUUCACCCGCCCACCAACUCAUUCAUUCGCUGUUCUCAUUUGAAAGCAAACAAGUAAGGGAGAUACGUCGACCUUUGAUUUGAUUUCGAUCCUUUGUCACAAAUAAUAAAGCAGCGCACUCUUGUUCGAAAUAUCGUACAAGUUUUCCGAAACAUACAUGCGAGAUCGAUAAAUCGUUCUUCGAUCAGUUCGCGUUGAAUCGUUGCCGAGAAUCGAGAUAUACCUAUAAUAUCUUUCUAUCUCUCUGUCUUUCAUUUAUCGUGCAUCUUUCUCUCUCUCUUCUCUCUCUCUCUCUCUUCUCUCUCUCUCUCUCUUUGUAGUUCUGUGUUUCUAGUUCUGCUUCUAUACAGUUUCUUCUCUCCCCCACAUUUAUAUUUCUUAAUGCAUUUCGAUUUUAAAACAGUCUCACUCGUAUUCUUCGCGAGUAUACUCUUAUCUAACAAAAAAAAAAAAAUAGGCUAAACAAUAAAACAAAUAAUAAUAAUAAUAAUAAUAUAAUAAUUAAAAUAUAAAAAUCUCUCUUUGUUCGAACUAAAGAAUUUCUCAAAUGUAGACAAUUCAUUGAAUCGAUGAAAGUGUGAAGAAAGUUGCACGUGCAUAAUCAUGAAGGUGUGUUGUUGCUGCAAUCGACCAAUCGCAGAAAGAGAUGAUAAUUGUACCUUGACUACCAUCGCCGAGGAUAAAAUGAGGAGGCAACUUAAAUUCUUUUUCAUGAAUCCGAUUGAAAAAUGGCAAGCCAAACGAAGAUUUCCAUACAAAUUCAUUGUGCAGGUCUUCAAAAUCGUAUUGGUCACUGUUCAACUAUGCCUAUUUGCACAUAACAAUUAUAUGCACGUCAAUUAUACCUGGGACAAUCGUAUUACAUUUUCUCAUCUCUUUCUACGUGGAUGGGAUGCCACGCUUGAGGUACCUGCUUAUCCUCCAGCAACUGGCCCAUUAGCUCUCUACAAAAAGGAUGCAUUUUUCAGUACCAUUGAUUAUGCAUUAGCUGGUUAUUAUAAUCUUAGUAAUUCCAUUGGUUCAUACUCGUACAACACCGAAAAUAAUAUGCCAGGAACCGUGGAAUUAUGUUUGCAUCAUUAUAAAGAAAGCAUUAUAUUCGGCUUCAAUGAAAGUUAUGUCUUCGAUAAGGAAAUCAUAAAAACUUGCGUGAACAUAACUAAAGAGUUUCAUGACAAAUUCAAUAAGUCGAAAAAUUUAUUAUCUACACAAAACGUAGAUGUGAAUUUCUCAGCUCUAGUAAUGGCAUAUUUAAAAUUUGCAGUUAAAACUGUUAAUCUCAAAGCUGCCGGUCCGAUGACACCACCAGAUUGUUAUCAGUUCAAUAUUCAAAUUAUAUUCGAUAAUCGCGAUUUAGACGGACAAAUGUUAUUAUCCUUAGAUGCCGAGCCACGAAGAUUAUAUUGCAAGGGUGACACCCGUUAUAUAAUGGACAAUCAAAUCGAGUCUGCAUUGAGAACAUUAUUAAAUUUACUCGUCAUAUUUAUAUGUAGUGUAUCACUGGUCCUGUGCUCGAGAGCCAUUUACAGAGCACAAUUGCUUAAAUUUGAUACGAUGAAUUUCUUCAAAAAGAUUUACGGUAAAGAAUUGAGUUUAGAGGGUAAAUUAGAAUUUUUGAAUCUUUGGUACAUAAUGAUAAUUAUAAAUGAUCUCCUCAUCAUCAUCGGUUCCGCCAUAAAAGAACAAAUUGAGAGAAAAUAUUUUGGUAGCGAUCAUUGGAACGUAUGUAGUAUAUUUUUAGGUACAGGUAAUUUAUUGGUAUGGUUUGGCGUAUUAAGAUAUCUCGGUUUUUUCAAAACAUACAAUGUUGUUAUAUUGACAUUAAAAAAGGCCGCUCCAAAAGUAGCUAGGUUUUUAAUAUGCGCCAUAUUGAUAUAUGCCGGUUUCACUUUUUGUGGCUGGUUAAUAUUAGGUCCGUAUCAUAUGAAAUUUCGAUCGCUCGCAACUACUUCUGAAUGUCUGUUUGCGCUUAUAAAUGGUGACGACAUGUUCGCAACAUUUACGAUAACGUCGUUCAAAUCCCCAAUGCUAUGGUGGUACUCGAGAAUUUAUUUAUAUACCUUCAUUUCUUUGUACAUUUACGUCGUAUUAAGUUUAUUUAUUUCUGUGAUAAUGGACGCUUAUGAUACGAUUAAAAUUUAUUAUAGAGAUGGCUUCCCCAAAAAUGAUGUGCAAACUUUUAUAUCAGCUUGCACAGAUGAAGCAUCAAGCGGCCUAUUCAGAGACGGAUGCGAUAAAAGUGAUAUUACGGAGCUUAUCGAUAGGUUUUGUUGUUGUCGGAAAAGACCCUCUUAUGGUUCUUUCUCAGGAUCGAGCACAGAUUUUUCGAUUAAAAACGAACAAACCUGUGGAGAAAGAGGAGAAAGAGGAGAAGGAGGAGCUAUCUGUGUAUAGUUCGUUAAGGAAUUAUUUUCCAAGCACAAAUUAUGGUUCCACUGUUACGUGAAUGAUUAUUAUUAAGGUUUAGAAAAAAUUCGGUUUUUUUUUUCUUUUUUUAAUAAUGUUAUUAAUUUAGUUAAUUAAUUUGUCUUUUAGAUAGAAAAAAAAAAUGUAUAAGUUUCUGUGCAUUUAUCGUCAAUGCAAGAUUAUCAAAGUUUUAUCCGAUGGUGCUAAUGUUAUGUAUUAUUAUGAUUCUUUGAUUACCAUAACAGAGUAAUAGAAAGUAUUAGAACGUUUUACUUUUAAUAAAAUUAUAUUUUUCUUCUCUUUUAUUUUUUUUUUUUAUUUUUUCUGUUGUUUUUUUUUUU